AUGUCUGUUGUUAAAAAAUUAAUUAAUAAUAUGAGAAUACCAAGUGCACUGAUGUCACGUCUAAACGACACUGGCGGUAUUAUUGGCGUUCGAAUGAAAACAACAACAACAACAAGUUCCACUAUUUAUGCAUUAUCUUCAGGACAAGGAAAAAGUGGUGUUGCUGUUGUGAGAAUAUCUGGAAGUAAUGCAUCAUUGGCAUUGAAAAAAAUGACAAAUUUAACUGAACCAGUUGCUAGAAAAACAUUUUUAAAAAAAAUAUAUGAUCCAGAAACUAAAGAAGUUAUUGACAAAGGAUUAUGCAUAUGGUUUCCUGGUCCUAAAUCAUUUACUGGUGAAGAUAGUGUUGAAUUUCAAGUUCAUGGUGGUCCAGCAAUUCUUGAAGCAUUAAUGUUGGCAUUAUCAAAAUUAAAAUUUCAUCCAGCAUUACCAGGUGAAUUUACAAAACGUUCAUUUUAUAAUGGUAAAUUAGAUUUAACAGAAAUUGAAGGAUUAGCUGAUUUAAUAAAUGCUGAAACAGAGCAACAAAGAAGACAAGCAUUGCUCCAAGCUGAUGGUAAUUUAAGUAAAUUAUAUAAAAAUUGGAGAACAAUUUUAUUGAGAUCAUUGGCAAAUAUUGAGGCAUACAUUGAUUUUAGUGAGGAUGACAAUAUUGAAGACAAUGUUUUACAUGAUUGUAAUGAAAAAAUAAAGCAACUUGUUGAUGAUUUAUCAAGACAUCUUGCUGAUGGUAGACGAGGUGAGAUAUUGAGAAAUGGUGUCAGGACAGUUAUCAUUGGAAAGCCAAAUGUUGGUAAAAGUAGUUUAUUAAAUUAUUUAGUACAAAGAAAUGCAGCAAUUGUUACUGAUAUUGCUGGAACAACUAGAGAUAUUGUUGAAUUAAAUACAAAUAUUGCUGGAUAUCCAGUGAUACUUGCUGAUACUGCUGGUCUUACUGAGUCUACCAGUGAUAUUGUCGAAAUUGAAGGUAUCAGGAGGGCCAAAGAAUAUGCUAAAACUGCUGAUUUUAUUAUCAUCAUGAUUGAUGGAUCAACUUUUUCAUCUAGUCAAAAAUCAUUUGAUAAUUUUGUCAAAGAUUACAUCAACGAAUUGGGAAUGGAAUCUUUGAUACUGCAAAAUGGAAAGCUAUCUAGCAAUUGUGUUUGUGUUGUUAACAAAAUUGAUUUAAUUGAUGAAAAAUUAAUUGAUGAUUUAGUCAAUUGUCAAGCUGUUCCAAUAUCUUGUACAAAAGAAGAUGGAUUAUCAAAAUUGAUGACAGUACUGAAGAAUCAUUUUGAAAAUAUAUGUGGAAAUCCAUCACGAGAGAAUCCAACAAUUAGCCAAGCAAGACAUAGAAUUCAUUUGUUGAAUUGUGUUGAUUAUUUAUCAAAUUAUUUAGAAAUGAGCUCAAAGGAAGAGUACGAUAUGGUAAUUGCAGCUCAAAAUAUUAGAAAUGGAAUGAGAGAAAUUGGAAAAAUAACUGGACAUGUUAAUACCGAAGAAAUUUUAGAUGUUAUAUUUACAAAUUUUUGUAUUGGAAAAUGA